AGGAGGAGGAGGAGAAAAAUGAAACCCAAACAGAACUGCCCAUCUAGAAGAAGCUCGGGUGAAGGGGCAGGCCUUCGACAAGCUCUUAAAGGAUGUAACUGAAGGAAAUUUUGCGGGUGGGCAGAGCGCAGGCACCACCACAGCCCACCCGUGACUAACUGCAAGACGCUUCUCUGGGCUUCUUCCUUCUGCCGGUGGUUGCUGAGGCUGCCAUGGCCACCUCACGGUUGGGCUGCUGCAAUGCACUCUGUGUGGGGCUGCCCUUGAAGAGCACUCAGAAGUGAUCCAUGCUAGAGAAGCUUCAUUCACACAGAUGAGCCCCCCAGGGCUGACAAGGCACUUUAGGCCCAGAUAGCUGGUUGACCACCUGCCCAGCAGAAUGCCGUCCACCAGCCGUGCGGGCAGCCUGAAGGACCCAGAAAUCGCCGAGCUCUUUUUCAAAGAAGACCCAGAGAAGCUCUUCACAGACCUCCGAGAGAUCGGCCAUGGGAGUUUUGGAGCUGUUUAUUUUGCACGGGAUGUGCGCACCAACGAGGUGGUGGCCAUCAAGAAGAUGUCUUACAGUGGGAAGCAAUCAAAUGAGAAAUGGCAGGAUAUCAUUAAAGAAGUUAAGUUCCUCCAACGGAUUAAGCAUCCGAACAGUAUAGAAUACAAAGGCUGCUACCUGCGGGACCAUACAGCAUGGCUUGUUAUGGAAUAUUGUUUAGGAUCAGCAUCAGAUUUACUAGAAGUUCAUAAAAAGCCAUUGCAAGAGGUGGAAAUUGCUGCAAUUACCCACGGUGCUCUCCAAGGGUUGGCAUAUUUGCAUUCCCACAACCUGAUCCAUCGGGACAUCAAGGCAGGAAACAUUCUACUGACAGAACCGGGCCAGGUGAAGCUUGCUGAUUUUGGAUCUGCUUCCAUUGCGUCGCCGGCCAAUUCAUUUGUGGGGACGCCAUACUGGAUGGCCCCAGAAGUGAUUCUAGCCAUGGAUGAAGGGCAGUACGAUGGUAAAGUUGACGUGUGGUCUCUUGGGAUAACAUGCAUUGAACUAGCGGAACGGAAGCCUCCGUUGUUUAACAUGAAUGCCAUGAGUGCCUUAUAUCACAUAGCGCAGAAUGAAUCCCCCGUCCUCCAGUCCAGCGAGUGGUCUGAUUAUUUCCGAAACUUUGUAGAUUCUUGUCUCCAGAAAAUCCCCCAAGACAGACCUACGUCAGAGGAGCUCCUGAAGCACGUCUUUGUCCUCCGAGACCGCCCUGAAACCGUGUUGAUAGACCUGAUCCAGAGAACCAAGGAUGCCGUUAGAGAACUGGACAAUCUUCAGUAUCGCAAAAUGAAGAAGCUCCUCUUCCAGGAGGCUCACAACGGACCAGCGGUGGAAGCCCAGGAGGAGGAAGAGGAGCAAGACCCCAGCGUGGGCAGGACAGGAACAGUGAACAGUGUCGGGAGCAACCAGUCCAUUCCCAGCAUGUCCAUUAGUGCCAGUAGCCAAAGCAGUAGUGUUAAUAGUCUUCCAGAUGCCUCGGAUGACAAAAGCGAGCUGGAUAUGAUGGAGGGAGACCACACGGUGAUGUCCAACAGUUCCGUCAUCCACCUGAAGCCGGAGGAAGAAAACUACGGAGAGGAUUCAGAUGCUCGGCUGCGAGGAUCGGAGCCGCAGUCUCCACCUCAAGGGUCGCGCCACAGGUCCCAUUAUCGCAACCGAGAGCACUUUGCUACCAUCCGCACAGCGUCGCUGGUGACAAGGCAAAUGCAGGAGCACGAGCAGGACUCCGAGCUGCGGGAACAGAUGUCCGGCUACAAGCGCAUGCGGCGACAGCACCAGAAGCAGCUGAUGGCCCUGGAGAACAAGCUGAAGGCUGAGAUGGACGACCAUCGCCUGCGGCUGGACAAGGACCUCGAAACCCAGCGCAACAGCUUUGCUGCGGAGAUGGAGAAGCUCGUCAAGAAGCACCAGGCGGCCAUGGAGAAGGAGGCGAAAGUGAUGGCCAACGAAGAGAAGAAGUUUCAGCAGCACAUCCAGACCCAGCAGAAAAAGGAACUCAGCAGCUUUUUGGAAUCCCAGAAAAGAGAAUAUAAACUCCGCAAAGAGCAGCUCAAAGAGGAACUGAACGAGAACCAGAGCACUCCCAAGAAGGAGAAGCAGGAGUGGCUGUCCAAGCAGAAGGAGAACAUCCAGCACUUCCAGGCGGAGGAAGAGGCCAACCUGCUCCGGCGCCAGAGGCAGUACCUGGAGCUGGAGUGCCGGCGCUUCAAGAGGAGGAUGCUGCUCGCGCGUCAUAAUUUGGAGCAGGAUCUUGUCCGGGAGGAGCUGAACAAGAGGCAGACCCAGAAAGACCUGGAGCACGCCAUGCUGCUGCGCCAGCACGAGUCCAUGCAGGAGCUGGAGUUCCGGCACCUGAGCACCAUCCAGAAGAUGCGCUGCGAACUGAUUCGGCUGCAGCAUCAGACCGAGCUCACCAACCAGCUGGAGUACAACAAGCGCCGGGAGAGGGAGCUGCGGCGAAAGCACGUCAUGGAAGUCCGGCAGCAGCCCAAGAGCCUCAAGUCCAAGGAGCUCCAGAUCAAGAAGCAGUUCCAGGACACCUGCAAGAUCCAGACCCGGCAGUACAAGGCGCUUCGCAACCACCUGCUGGAGACCACGCCAAAGAGCGAGCACAAGGCAGUCCUGAAGCGGCUGAAGGAGGAGCAGACCCGCAAGUUGGCCAUUCUGGCCGAGCAGUAUGACCACAGCAUCAACGAGAUGCUCUCCACGCAAGCGCUGCGCUUGGAUGAGGCCCAGGAAGCAGAGUGCCAGGUCUUAAAGAUGCAGCUGCAGCAGGAGCUUGAGCUGCUGAACGCCUACCAGAGCAAAAUCAAGAUGCAGGCGGAGGCCCAGCAUGAUCGGGAGCUGCGUGAACUGGAGCAGCGGGUGUCCCUGCGGAGGGCUCUCCUGGAGCAGAAGAUCGAGGAAGAGAUGCUGGCCCUGCAGAACGAGCGCACGGAACGGAUCCGGGGCCUGUUGGAGCGCCAGGCACGGGAAAUCGAGGCCUUUGAUUCGGAGAGCAUGCGCCUCGGCUUUAGUAACAUGCUCCUCUCAAAUCUCUCCCCCGAGGCCUUCAGCCACAGUUACCCUGGAGCCUCUAGCUGGUCCCAUCACCCUUCCGGGGGGCCGGGCCCUCCCUGGGGUCACCCUAUGGGGGGCCAGCCACAGGCGUGGGGCCAUCCGAUGCAGGGGGGACCCCAGCCGUGGGGCCACCCCUCAGGGCCCCUGCAGGGGGUGCCUCGGGGGAGCUCUCUCGGGGUCCGCAACAGCCCCCAGGCCCUGAGGCGGACGCCUUCUGGGGGACGGACAGAGCAGGGCAUGAGCCGGAGUGCCAGUGUCACCUCACAAAUCUCCAAUGGGUCACACCUGUCUUACACAUAAUCCCUUCCGUUCGGUGCCCCCGUGCGGGUGGCCAUUCCACCGGCACUGUCUGCCCACAGGAACUGCUGACAGGCCUCUCUCCCCAGGAGCCGGCCCCGGGCAGCGCAGGCUCAGGGUGCCGUUCAGUGGGCCCGUAUAUCGGGGCAAGCAUUGCGUUCUGCGUUUGCUAUUUGGGAUGUCAUAGUAUUUGGCUGCAGAGUUGCUCUCUCGCCUCAAAAGCACUCGUUUUAAGGAAGCGACGUGCGGCCGGGGGGAAGAACCUCCUCCCGCCCAGGGCUAUGGGGAGAGCAGGGUCCCCGCCUCUCCUGCAGCUCAGGAAGGGAGGCAAGAGUGCUCCCCCUUUCCUCAGAGGGUGAAGUUGGCCGAGGGGGCGAGCUGCCCCACGGAGUCUCGGCUGCCUCUCCCUUGCGUCGGGCCAGCCGCCCUUCCACGCCUCUCGGGGCGGUUCCUUGUUGAGAGGGGCCCGGGGAAAGCGGCUCCCGGGGACCUUGCCCGUCGGAAGAGGCUGAGGCGCACCCCAGGCCUGCAGCCGUUCGCUGUCUCUGUUGCACUAAGAUGCUCAGCCUUGAGGAUUCAGGGCGCACGUGAUGGCUUGGACAGAACUGCACUAGUAAAAUGCACCUGCUAGAAACCUCUUUGCAGUUCAGCCCAAGAGGCUGUGUCGUGUGUGAGUGUGUGUGCACGCGUGAGUGGGAGGGGAAGAGGCAGGAGGGGAGGAGAGCUUUUUUAUGGCUUAAUACUGUGACAUCUCACCGAGGCUCAGCAUCAGAGCACCUCCCCGGAUCCCUGGCCCCCCCGGUCAGCCUGCUCUCCUUCAGAAACGUUAAGAUCUGCAGCCAACCACUCCCAGAUUCCAGAGGUCUUGUGAACGCUGCCAUAAGUCGCCAAUAGGCCGCCAAGAGACCAGGAGUCUCCUCCUGACACUACAUUUGCCAGUUGUUAUUAGGCUCUUGGGCUUGCCAUGGUUUUCUCGUUUACACGUCACUCCGCCACUGUUGUAAGUGUUCGACUUGCCAUGGGGAGCCCAGGCCCUCCAGCCGCUGCCGCCGCCACCGCCACCGGAGACAUUGUUCACGGGCAGUGUGAGUGGCUGCCAGUCCUUCCCGGACCCAUGGCAAGGGGGGCGCUCGUUCUUUGGGGGCCCCGCAUCAAGAGACUCGGCUUCCAAGGAGCCGCACAGGCCCCGUUGGGACCCUGGAAGGAGGUGGCUCUGUGCUCAGGGUCUCGGGAACCUUCAGUGCCAGGGCAGGGAAGGGAAGGGAAGGGGUCCCGCUACGAGCACCUGCGGGGUCGCCCGGGAGCAGCUGGCCAGAGGCUCAGUCAAAUCACCACCGGCUGCUCCCCCUGGCGUUCUGUUGUACAUUAGUUUCCUUGCACACAUAAACAAACACUAGCUACUAACUUUAGGAUUUGCCUUUUAACACACCUAUAGGGCUCAGAAAUGUAAAGGUUUUUUUUUUAUGUCUUUAUGUGACAUACUUGUAUAGAAGAAUAUACUCUCGUGUGUCACACUUCUGCUCCUUUUUUAAUCAGUGUGACUUUUAAUUUAGCUAAAUUAAAAAACCACUCCAGGUCCUUUGGUUCAGCUGAAUCUCCCUCCUCCCCACUUCGGCUUCUGAUUGUGGGGGUCACAGGGAGCAGAAGGGGGCCUGGAGCCUGUCCGGAAAAGAGGGUGCAGAAGGGCCCCCCUCCUGAAUUGGACACAGCUGUUCUUGCCAAGUGUGAUGUUCUAUAAGAGGGCAGGGUGGGGGGGAGCAGCACAGCCCCCUUCGGCGUUUUAUCCUGGGCUGAUGUGCCUCUGCCAGAGGUCCACAGCUGGGAGACUGCUGGGAGCUUUGUGGGUCGGGGGUGUCUCAGCUGGUUAACUUACUCGUAAGUGGGAGGGGAGGGCGACCACCAAGAUGGAAGCCGAUCCGUCUCACUCCCGUUCCCAGCCCAUCCUCCUCGACCAAGGACCACCAAGCCCAAACUCCCCGUCUGCAUAUCUGCCUGCCGGGAAGGCAUCUUACGAGGGAAGGCUUCCCCAAGCCCUGGCGAUGCCUCCCAGGACAGGUGCCCCUUGAGGAGCAUGGCACAGGUUACUUGGGGCGGGGGGAGCAGGCGGGGUGCUCCCGUUCUGCUCCUCCCGGCCCGUCCCACCCAGGAGCUGCACUCCGAGCAGAACUUGAACGCGCCCAGCGGCCCCAUAGCUUUGCUUGCCUUGACCUUGACCUUCCGAGCAGAUGUGAUGUCGGUUUCAACAUUGGCGUCCUUUUUACUGGGGAGAACUGGGAUAGAAGCAGUUCUCUCCCUCCCCACUUGCCAUGUACAUCAUUCUGUGCCAGACCCUAGGCUAUUCAUGAAAUUAAUACUUUAAGUAAAACAAUUUGCCAAACCCGAUUCGGCUGCCUUGGUCUAAGUGUGUGGUGUGCGUGAAGAGG